CUUCGUGAUCCGUUGAAACGUUGAAGUCAAUUUAGAAAAUCGAAUUAAUUCUUUUAAACAAAUAUUUUCUACUGUAAUUAGUGCUAGUCACUUUGUUUCUUUUCGUUAAUAACAAUUAUUAAUUUACAAUGGCAGAAAACACGCGUGCAUCCAGGUUGUCAUCGUACAAAAAUGUUGGUCACGGUACAACGGAUCUCCGACGCAAGCGAGCGGAGGUCAGCGUCGCUCUCCGCAAGCAAGCGCGCGAUGACCAGCUGCUGAAGAGGCGCGCCCUCUCUCCGGAGUCCCAUGAGGUGAAAGUUGAGGAGGUUGAACUGCUUCCGGAGGCCAUUGUUCAGGGUCUUAAAUCAGCGGACAUAUCAACAAAAACCGUAUCGGCGCGUGCGGCGCGCCGGAUGCUCUCCCGGGAACAGAACCCGCCCAUCUCCAUGAUGGUCGCCGCUGGAGUCAUCAAGCCAUUGGUAGACGCUUUGGACAGAGACGAUUGCGCUGAUUUGCAGUUUGAGGCUGCGUGGGCGCUGACGAAUAUUGCUUCAGGAACACACGAACAUACUUUGGCAGUUAUUGAUGGCGGGGCGAUACCCAAGCUGGUGUCGAUGCUGCCCCGCGGCGGGGCGGCGGGCGAGCAGGCGGCCUGGGCGCUCGGCAAUAUGGCCGGCGACGGCGCCGCCGCCCGCGACCGCGUGCUGGCCGCCGGAGCCCUGCCGGCGCUGCUGCCCGCCCUCAGCGCCGCCACGCCCGUCAGCCAGCUCAGGACCGCUGUGUGGACUUACAGCAAUCUCUGCAGAAACAAAAAUCCGUUGGUGAAUUUCGAAAUGGUCGCCCCCGCUUUACCUUACAUCUCUGAACUUCUUGAGGUGACGGAUGAUGAUGUUCUGGCGGACGCGUGCUGGGCUCUGUCAUACCUGACGGACGGGCCGAACGAGAGGAUCGAGGAGGUGCAGAGCACCCCGGGGCUGCUGCGGCGGCUGCUGGCGCUGCUGGAGCACCGGCACGCGGCCGUGCGCACGCCGGCGCUGCGCGCGCUCGGCAACAUGCUCACCGGCUCCGACCACCAGACAGACCGAUGCCUCGACGCCGGAUGCUUGGACCGCAUAAUCUGUCUUCUCCAAUGUGAUAAACCUUCCAUCAGGAAGGAGGCCGCGUGGGCGGUCUCCAACAUCCUGGCGGGGACCCAGGAGCAAAUACAGAGGGCGCUGGACAAGAACAUUCUUCAGGAGCUGAUACAAGUGCUCACCCAUGAUGAUAUCAAAUGUCAAAAGGAGGCGGCGUGGGCGUUCACCAACUUGUGCCUGGGCGGUUCCGAUUUGCAGCUCAUGAGCCUGAUGUCUUCGGGGUUCCUCCCCCCUUACUGCGCCCUGAUGGCCUCCCCCGACCACAGAGCUGUGCUGGUGGUGCUGGACGGCUUGGUGCAUCUGUUGCAGGCAGCGACCAGAUUGGGCGAGAUAGAAGCGAUGUGCCUCAAAUUGGAGGAAAUAGGAGCCUUGGAUCACAUCGAGAACUUGCAGCAGCAUGAGAACGAACAGAUAUACAAGAAAACAUUGCACAUAUUAGACACGUACUUCGCGGAGCAGGACGAGAAUAUCGCUCAACCAGUUGAGACGAAUGAGCAGUAUCAAUUUGGUGCCGUGCCCGGGCAGAAUAUAAAUUUUUAAAUAUAUAUAUAAGCGUAGAAAUUUAACAUAGAAAAUAAACACGCAACAAAAAAAAAUAUCGGCUUAUAAAAAUCACCUAAAAAUAAGUAUUGAUUUAAUGUAAAAAAGAUUAAUUUUGUUAUAACUCUUUCAAUUGUAAUCUUAUUUUUGUAUUUGUUUUUUACUCUUUUACUCCUAGAUAAGGAUCACACAAUCAGUGCGACAGUUUGCAGACAGCAAACUGAUGGACUGAACUGACGCAAAACUGAUGGUGUAACCCUUGUACUAGAUUGGGGAUCGUGAUUAUUUUGAAGUAAGAAAUAAAUGUUCCAAAUAGUGUCAGUGGAAUAGUUUUUGACAAUCCGUUAAACACUGUGUGUGUCACACGAAUUGUUUCGUUAAUUUUUUGAACAGAUUUGAAAAGAAGAAUUGUAUUCUUGUUGUGAUAAGUCCAAUGUUAAAUACAAAAUUACGCAAUAACUCAUUUUAAUUACUAAUUUUAAACAUUUACUUUUUGAACAGAUUUGAAAAGAAGAAUUUUAUUCUUAGUUGCAAUUAGUCCAAUGUUCAAUCCAAAUGGCUAUUAUUAACUUUCACAUAAGUUAAAUUUUUUUAAAAACCUAACAAAUGUGAUGAAAAUACACUAAUAUAAGGUACUAACUUAAAGCAAUGAUAUUUUAUAAAAUGAUUUCUUCAAUCUGAAUCUUUCAUUCAACUUAUAUGUUCUUGUGAUUUCUGAGAAGUUUGAAGUUAAAAGGAUUUUAAAGCAUUCGCUGGUUGACUGCUUUGAAUUUCUGAUAUUAUUUGUUAAAACUUAUAGAUUCCAUGUUUCCUAAAUUUUGUAUAAUGUAGUUUUGUUAAAUUUAAAAGCACUGAUAACAGACUGAUUUGUGAUAUUAAUUUUGUAUAAUAAACUAUUA